UCUUUACUUCUAGAAGUCAUCCCCAAAUUGACUUCUUCUAUUUUGUCUUCCAGAAGUCAAAGUUAUUCUUGACCUAUUUCUUACUUUACAUCCAAACAGGCUAUUCUGUCAAAGUUAUUUCUGUGACAAAAGCCGUGUAAAAACGAAGGGGGUAAAUAUCGUGUACCGAAGAGCUUGUAGCACACAGCAAUUUUUAGGUUUCUCCAAUAAACUUUGUCCCGCCCGAUUUAGAACAAAAAUUAGGGUUUUAAGGAUACUCAGAAUUCUUUUGCAAAAAUCAGCAGUAGGUUCCAGAAUCAUACAUCAUACUUCAAGACAAGAUUUGAUAUGAGUUUUCGUUCGUUUUGCUGUUUGCAAUAUGUUAUUCUGCUAGAGGAAGGGGGUACGACAAUUUCAACAUGUUUUUGCUGACUGCUUAUACGGUGUUGAAAUCUUCUAAUGUUUUCCCUCCAUUAUAGAUUCCGUAACUGUUUCCUAGAACAAGAUCAAGUGUUAGCAAGUUUCAAGAACUUCCUCUCUCUGAAACAUGGAUUCCAUUCUUCCGUCCAUAUUCCUCGUCCAAAUCCGUCUUCUCUUAACCGUUCAAUGCUUUCUUAUUUACACAAUAAUCGUCCAUCCUUGGCUCUUGAAACACUAAGAAAGCAGAUUCAGUUUGGUGGUACGAGUGGAUUAAAUGAGAACACCAUUGCCAUUGCUUUUAAAUCUUGUUGUGGAAACCUAAAAACUGGUUCUCAAAUACAUGGCUUGACAAUAUCAGCUGGAUUCAAUUCCUAUGUUACCGUUCAUAAUUCGUUGAUUAGUUUCUAUUGUAAAUCUGGGCAGUUUAAACAAGCUUUUGAUAUUUUUAGGAGUCUAGAAAACCCAGACAUUGUGUCUUGGAAUACCAUUCUUUCGGGUUUCCAAUGUAGUGAAGAUGCUGCAGAGUUUGCUGUUGAAAUGCAUCGAAAAGGGGUUGUUUUUGAUGCAGUAACGUAUACAACUAUAAUUUCCUUUUGUUCAGAUCCUCCAGAGCUUCUUGGAAUUCAGAUUCACUCUCAGAUACUAAAAUCUGGGUUUGGGGCUGAAAAUUAUGUGGGUAACGCUCUUAUAACAAUGUAUUCAAGGUGGUGCCGACUAGAAGAAGCUAAAAUGGUGUUUAAUGAAAUGGCUUAUAGAGAUUUGGUUUCUUGGAAUGCAGUUAUCUGUGGAUAUGUGCAAGAAGGAAAUAAUGGACUGGAGGCUAUUUUGCUUUUCGUGGAUAUGGUAAAAGAAGGUUUGAAGCUCGAUCAUGUUUCAUUUUCAAGUGCAAUAUCAGCCUGUGGUCAUGUAAAAAACUUGGAUAUGGGGAGACAAGUACACAGUUUAGCUUUGAAAACUGGGUAUGGUGUUCAUGUCUCAGUAUGUAAUGUUCUGAUUUCGAUGUAUUCGAAAUGUGAGAUUACCCACAGUGCUAAAAUGGUUUUUGAGAGUAUGACUGAUCGAAAUGUGGUGUCAUGGACUACCAUGAUUUCGCUAAAUGAAGAAACUGCAGUUUCUCUAUUUAAAGAAAUGCAACUUGAUGGAGUUUGUCCAAAUGAAGUCACUUAUGUGGGGCUAAUCCAAGCAAUAUCUAGUCAAGAUUUAGUGGAAGGAGGAAAAUUGAUUCAUGGGUGUUGUAUUAAGACAGGGUUUAUAACCAAAUUGAAUGUUUCUAACAGUUUCAUAACCAUGUACGCUAAGUUUGAAUAUAUGGAAGAAGCAAGGAAAGUGUUUAAUGAGUUAAGUCACGGAGAGAUUGUUUCAUGGAAUGCUUUGAUUUCUGGUUAUGCUCAAAAUGGGCUAUAUCAAGAAGCUUUGGAGACAUUUUUGUCUGCAAUUAUGGAGUUCUUACGACCAAACAAAUUCACCUUCGGUAGUGUAUUGAAUGCGAUUGCAUCUGCCGAACCUGUGUCACUAAGACAUGGACGACGCUGCCAUUCCCACAUUAUCAAGCUAGGCGUACACACAGAAAUUAGUGUUUUAGGAGCUUUGCUGGAUAUGUACGCUAAACGUGGAAGUAUUGAUGAAUCUAGGGCUGUUUUUGAGGAGACUACAGAGAGAAGCUUAGUUGCUUGGACUGCAAUAAUUUCGGCUUAUUCAAGACAUGGGGAUUUCGAAACUGUGAUGAGCUUAUACGAGGAGAUGAUUGAAGAAGGAGUAAAGCCAGAUUCGAUUACAUUUCUUCCAAUAUUAGCAGUCUGUGGUCGAAGAGGAAUGGUUGACAUGGGUAUGAAAAUCUUCAACUCCAUGGUGAAUGAUCAUAAAAUUGAGCCUUCACCUGAGCAUUAUUCGUCAAUGGUGGAUAUGUUAGGAAGAGCUGGUCGGUUGGACUUAGCAGAAGAAUUUAUGGAUAAAAUGCCAACAAAACCUGGACUGCCAGUGUUGCAGAGCUUGCUUGGGUCUUGUAGAACUCAUGGUAAUGUUGAGCUGGGUAUAAAAGUCGGAGAAGUUCUAAUUGGGAUGGAACCAGAGGAGUCUGGUUCUUAUGUAUUGAUGUCUCAUAUGUAUGCAGAGAAAGGAGAGUGGGAGAAAGUAGCAAAGAUAAGGAAAGGGAUGAGAGACAAAGGAGUGAAGAAACUAACAGGGUUAAGUUGGGCAGAUGUUGGUGAGGUGCAUGGUUCUAUGUAUAUGCAUGGUUUCUGUUCAGAGGAUAAAUCUCAUCCACAAACUGAAGAUAUAUAUAAAAUGGUAGAAUAUAUAGGGUUGGAGAUGAAGCUGUUAGAGAUGCAAAAUCAGAGAAUCGGGAAAGACAAUAUAUAUUUAUAUAAUGGCUGAAAGUUUGCGAUUUAUACCGAAGGUUAUUCUACUAAAGGAAGGGGUUAUGGCAACUACAGCAUGUUUUGUUAUUGUUAGCAAGAAUGACAUUCCCGUUUAUGAAGCUGAAGUUGGCUCUGCUCUCAGA